CGCAGGCGCCCCGUGCCCCGCGUGUUGACAUGGGGAGGGGGCGCGGCCCCUGCCCGCCUCCCCGGCGGGAAUCCCCGCUCGGCACCGCCCCCGCGGGAAGGGGGGACACGCCGGGCCCGCCCCCGGCGCGGGUUGUGCGCGUGCUCGGCGGGAGCGCGGCCGGGAAUGGCGGCGGUUUUGGAGCUGCUGCUGCAGGAGGAGGUGCCGGUCAGCGCCGUGGUGCGGUGGCUCCAGCACGGCCCCGGCCACCGCCCGGCUGAGGAAAACCACAUCCAUGACAAGCUGGUAUCUCUUAGUUUGCUUCAGAAAGAUUUUGUGCCUUUUCUGCUAAAUUUUUUAAGGGAGCAGACCAGCCAGAUUCUGACUAAUGGACCCUCUACUCCUGCUAAAACACCUAAUUCCAAGGCCCAUGGGAACCAAAGGACAGGAUCAGAAAGGAGAGCAGGCCAUGCAACCAGCAGCCGAGUGCAGCUCUUUUCCCAAAGGACUUCAGUGACUACCUGCACCACAGAUACCAGCUUUUCUCCUGCUGCAGCAUCCGGCAGUUCCUCUUCCUUUUCUGGGUCAAACCUCUCUAGCCCUUGUGGUGAUUUCCCAAGCGUGGUGUCCAGUAGCAGCCCGAGCUUUGGGUACAGCCCUGUUCUUCACCACGGGGAGAAGCGGUCAUCUCAGAAGGCCAGCUUGGGGAGCUUCCUUACAGCCACGCCGGAAGCCCUGCCAGUGAGACGAGGCCGAAGGAAAGGAAACAGCUCAGUUGGUGCCUCUGGCCGGCAGGUAGCUCGGGAUCUGGGGCGUUCCCUUGCUGAAGAGGAAGAUGGAAAGAGUGACAGUGUAUUGUGGAGUGGAGGGAGAAGGAAGCGGAGUGAAGUGCCUCCUGAUUCUGCCAGAUCCCCAUCCAGCCAGCUAAACCUAAACAACUUGGAGGAGUUCCCACCCAUGGGUGCUGCCUCUGGCUGGACAAACAAAAGCAAACCAUCGAGGCGAAUCAACCCAACUCCUGUAAGUGCUGAGCGCCCCCUCUCAAAACCAAAGACGUGCUUCACUUCUACUCCUGUUAGUCAGUCUCCAGCUGCUCGGUUGUCAUCUGGGUCAAGCCUUGAGGCCUUUACCACUGUCCAAGAAGGAAACCUUACAUCUGUGAUAAGCAACAGCCUUCAAGAGGAGAGGGAGAUGCUGAAGAAAGAACGAUGCAAAUUGCUGCACCAGGCGUCUUCUCCUGCAGGCAUGUCUUUUGAUCCUGGUACUCCGACUAAGCCUAGCUACACUCGCAGUGCUAGCCUGCCUGCUGAAAGCCAUCUGGUCACCUGUGCAAAUCCUACUAAGGUUUCCUGCAAGAAGCAGCUGGAGUGUCUGGCGCAGCUCUAUUCAUCGUGUAUAGCAGAAAACCUGGUACCAAAUAUUUUUCUGGAGCUGUUCUUUGUUCUGCAACUAUUGACGUCUAAAGGCACUUCUACUGCAGAAGAUGGGGACAGUGACCUUGAAAUCAAUGAAAAUAGCAGAGAAGUGUCAGGGGGACAGCAUUUCCAAAGUGUGCACAACUGUGUUUAUUUUGCUGUUCGAGUCUUGGACUAUCAAUAUGAAAUUAUUUCCCAUUUAGAAAAGGGGAUUCUGAAGCUUUUGGCCGAAAAUGAACGGAUUGCAUCUUUUUCUCCCACCUUGCACAAGAGGCUCAGGCAGGCUUAUGAAAGCAGCACAGCCAAGGUGUCUCUCCUGUUGCCGUGCUCUGUACAGUCUGUUUCUUUCCAGCCAGAAACUGAUAAUCGCUCUAACUUUCCCAGUGACAGAGCAUUUCACAUAUUUAAGAAACAAAGGGACAUAUUUUAUGAACUUCUGCGUGAAUGGGAGGAUAACCAUGAGAAAAGUGGCUGGGACUUUGAAAGAGUUCUGGGCAACAAGAUCAGGGCCAUGAUGGCUCACCUAUCUGCAACCUGCAACCACAGCCAUUUUGCCCGGCUCUUUCAGAAACAGCUUAUCCAGAUGUGUAAAGGUCCUAUUGGUGGUGGCGCAAGCUGGGGAGACACACCAGACCAGGAUGUCCUUAAUAUGCUGGGUUCUGACAAUCUGAGCCGUCUGAAGAGGCUGCAGGAAAGAUUUGUUGUUCCUCAGAGCAUCAGAGGACCUUGUCCACCCCCUUCAUUCCCGGGGUGCCAGCAAUUCUUCAGGGACUUCAUCCUCAGCGCAGGAAGUUACCAGUUCAAUCAGCACCUGAUGGAUAGUCUGUGCCUGAAGAUACUUGAACUGAAUGGCCUUACUCUGGUGGAGCAUGAGCACAGUGAUGGGGAAGCAGAUAUGGAUGAACAGGAUGAAAAGAAGCGCUUCACUGUGGUCCUGUUAAGUCUGCGACUCCUCGCCAAGUUCCUGGGGUUUCUUGUUUUCUUGCCAUAUCGCACUGUGGAGCAGCCAACUAGAGACUUGCAAGAUUCUGCAUUAGCAUUAAGAAACCAAACCCUGCCUAUACUGGAUAUAUUGAAGCUUCUGAGACAAUCUGUUCGGGAUCAACGUUCUAUCCUUACUAUUCCUUGGAUUGUGGAGUACCUUUCUCUUGUGGAUCAUAUUGCUCCUUUCCUGGAUUACUACAGGAAAGUAUUUGGUCUCUUGCUGCAGGUAUACAGGUUAAUGGUCCUUUCUGAAGACAAGAAGAUGAGUUUCCUGAACAAGCUGCUGAUCCUUGCAGUUCUGGGUUGGCUCUUUCAGGUUCCAUCAGUCCCUGAAGAGUUGUUUUUUACCACUGACAACAGGCAGGAGAGAUUUAUGAUGGAUACUGUGACAUCUGCUCAGGCUUUGGACUCUGUACCCUUGGUGGAUCAGCAGUUACUUUAUACCUGCUGUCCCUAUCUUGGUGAGCUGCGUAAACUACUUGCCUCUUUUGUGGCUGGUAGUGGAGCAAAAAAUGGUGGCUUUAUAAGAAAAAUCACUCCCACAGCUGCAGAGUCUUUAGCACCCAAGGCUUCUGUCACACAGCGGAAACUGCAGGUGGAGUUGGAACAGGCCUUCUUCCACAACCAGCCUUCUUCCCUACGGAGAACAGUUGAAUUUGUGGCAGAGAGGGUGGGAUCCAACUGUGUUAAGCACAUUAAGGCAACACUGGUAGCAGAGUUGGUUCAAAGGGCUGAAGCCAUGUUGCAAGAUAAAGUGAAGGAGGAUGCUGCUAGUCAUGACAAACUUCUUGAAGAGGUGUGCACUCAUCUUUGUGAGGAAGGGGCCGAGGCACUCAUCAAAGGCAGAGAAUUUUGCAAAAAGAAAGGUCCUGAGGCAGUAAGGGUGUUGUUGCCAGAAGAGACAUCUGCAGCAGUUUUAAGUAGUGCAGAAAACAUUGCUGUGGAACUGGCUACUGAAAAAGCCUGUGGCUGGCUCUCUGCCAACAUUGCAGCACUCAUCAAAAGAGAAGUGAAGGCAACCUUCAACAGAAUGCUUAAAGUCCCAGGAUUUCCCUUGCCCAGUGAGGAUACUCUGGAGUUGAGAAGGGACUGCCCUCCAGGCUGUCAGCACUGUGCUCCAUUUCCCUCUCAAGUCAUCAAUGAGAUUAAGGAUGUGCUCUGUGUUGCUGUGGGCCCACGGGAUGAGGGUGAAGUGAUUGACUAUGUCUGGUUGGAGUGCUUGCUAGGAAGAUUGAGUCAGACACUUCAAUGCAGAAAGUUCAUGUGUCCCACAUCAGAACAGCAGCUGGCAAAGUGCUCUGUUGAGUUGGCUUCUUUGCUGGUUUCAGAUCGUGUUCCUCUGAGUCUUGAAAUCAAAUCCCCAAAGAAGAGCCCCGAGAGGCUGCGUGUAAAGAAUGAUCCCACCUAUGGCCUUCUAAAACUGCUGCUCUCUGUCUGGAAGGAGGACUUUGGGACACCUGUUCCUGUGCAGCUGAUCUUCAGCAAGAAGAACGUUAGUUACCUUGCAGAAGUUAAGCUGCGAGAGUGGGAUUUGUUCCUUUUCUUGCUUCAUGGUCUUGUAGAACAUGAACUAAUGAGAACUAGUGAAAUAGAGAAUUGCCUGCAUAGCCUUGAAGAGCUCCCUUGGCCCUCAGAUUUCUUAAAAGACCUGAAAAUGCUGUCCAGAGUAUUUGUAUCAGAACAUCAUACAAAGGAGCUCAGGACUAACCCUUGUGAGCUGACCAGACGAUCUCUAGGUACUGUGACCGCACAAAGUUAGCAGAGGUGGACUCUGUGGGCAGAAAUUACUAAUGAAGACGCAAAUGGGAUUUUUAGCAUUUCUGAAUGGAUUGGGAGCUCUCUGUUGGGAGCAUACUGCAGAUAAGGGGUCACUUUGUGCAAAACCUGCACUGUUCGUGGACAUUUGCUGUGGUGACUAUGCUGAAGGAUUUACAUCAGCAAAUGGAUCUCCAAGUCAAAAGUCCUUUAAGCACCUUGAUUAUGGCUCAGAGCAGCUGUUCUU